AUGAGUGCAAUUCGGAGCGAAGAUACCGAACCCAUCCAGGUUCUGGUCACCAUGCACGAAAACAUGAACCUCCUUGACUUUGCCGGUCCUCUCGAAGUCCUCACCCAUGCCCAACACGACAUCAACAACCCAGAAACCAAAGCCUUCGACAUCACCUUCGCAGCCCCCCAACAAGAAGUCCUCACCGCCCAAGGAGUCACGCUCACGGCGCACAUUUCGUUCAAGGAAGCGCACAAACGACUUCGCGAGUUCGACGUCUUGGUCGUCCCCGGCGGCAAAGACAAAUGCAUGGCCAUGGUCAAAGCCGAGGCCGAGCCCCUCCCACUUAUCAAGGACUUCGCCGACUUGCAGACGGCGGACCCAGCCCGCGAGCGCACCCUUUUGGCAGUCGACACGGCGAGCCUGUUCCUAGCGCACCAGGGCCUCCUGCAGGGCCUGGCCGCGACCACGCACCCAGACUUCUACAUCAAGCUGGAGAAGGAAUGCCAGGCCGCGGCGGCGCGGGACGCCGGCGAGCGCACCGACGUCAUGGAAGAGCGGUACGUGGUCAACAACGCGCGGUUCGACCUGGGCGAGAACCUCGAGGAGAAUCCGUACGUGUUCAAGAAGAACCGCAAGGGCAGCAACGCGCGCAAGGGCAGUCUCGCGCGCCGCGAGAGCAAUCUCUCCAAGGAGUACCUCGUGCGCCGCCAGAGCAUGAAGCUGGGCGGCAUGCGCGUCAUCACCUCGGCGGGCGCCGUCAGCGGGAUCGAUGCCAGCCUGUACCUCGUCAGCGCGCUCGUCAGCCACGAGAGCGCCCAGGAGGUGGCCCGCGUCAUGCAGUACGAUUGGGUCAAGGGCGUGGUUGUCGAUGCUAUUGAUGUGUAG